GCCCCGUCAGUCGGUCCUCCUCUCGGUCUGUGUACUGUCAUCCAGCGGCGGUGGCGGCAGCAGCAGCAGCAGCGGCGGCGGCGGCGGGGACAGACCGGGAGACACUCCACACUCACACCGAAACUCUGAGCCGGUGCGACUGGCGGACGAGCCGCAGACGAGCCGGCGUGCUUUGGAGGAUUCGCUCGGCUGCUUUCUUACAUCUGCAUGGGAACACCGCCCGCGCCAACAUCUGGAGCACGAGCCUGAGAGUGAAACUACUCUCCCGCGUGAUGUGUGGCAGGGAUAACUUAUGAAGUGACCGGCGCGUGAGCAUCUCACCGGGAGGGGAGCCGUCUGGGGCCGGGCCGUGCCGGGCCGUGCUGCGGGAGCCGGACUCAGUUCGAAGCUGGCAGGUGUAGGGGGAGCUAGUGAGCAUGGAUGAGCCGGGCAGCCGGAACAGCAGCCUGCAGAGGAAAAAGCCGCCAUGGCUCAAACUGGACAUCCCGACCAUCCAGCUGACGCCCGACGACACGCCCACGCUCACGCCGCCGGUGAAGCGCCUGCGCAGUGUCAGCAUGCCGGGGGAAAACCCUCAGACCUGCACGGCUGCCUUGGAAACUUCCAAUAACUACCUCAGACCUCCUCUGGAGAGACUGCCCUCCUUCACACAGUCUAUCAAGAGUGAGAAAAGGGUGCGUUUUGAGCGGGUCAACACGGUUCCCCCGAAGGGGCAGAGGGGCCCGAGGAGGGUGUCAUCCGUGCGGAGGCGGUCCUGCGUGCCCAAAAUACUGACCCGACGGCGCUCAUCCAUACCCAAACAGAUCAUCAGGGGUACGGCUGACUGGUUCGGGGUGAGCAAAGACAGCGACAGCACCCAGCGAUGGAGGAGGAAGAGUCUGCAGCACUGCAGCCAUCUGUACGGGGGUCUAAAGACGCAGGUGAUGCGGGAGAUGGAGCUACACAGCCAGGACAACCUCUCCCUGGCCAGCACUGAGACCCCUCCUCCCCUCUACCUCCCACCCCACCACCCCAGUCACCACCACUAUGGCAUGCAGAGGAUUGUAGACCCCCUGGCCCGGGGGCGAGCCUUCCGCAUGGUGGAAGAGGUAGACGGCUUCAGUGUCCCGCAAACGCCCAUCACGCCCGGCACCGCCUCCCUCUGCUCCUUUUCCAGCUCCCGCUCCGCCCUCAACCGGCUGCCACGGCGACGCAAACGGGAGUCUGUCGCAGUCAUGAGCCUCAAAGCUGCAGCAGCGCUAAUGAAGGGCCGGACGUUGGGCGACAGCACCGCCGGGCGAUGUCGCAGACGGAGCUUCAUGCCUCCUAGUUUCUUUGAAGAUGACACCGUGGACUUCCCGGAUGAUCUGGACACUUCCUUCUUCACCAGAGACGGCCUGCAGGACGAGUUGUCCAGCUACGCUGAUGAGGUUUUUGAGACUCCAUCGGAGGCAGCCCUCAAACAGCUGGACGAGAGCGAGCUCACAGGAAGUGCGCUGGACAAAAACGAGCUGGAGAGGAGUCACCUCAUGCUUUUACAAUGCGGGAUUCCUCCUUCUGAAUCCAGGCCCUUAGAGCGAGGAUGGCGAAAGGCGAAAGACGGCUCCCUGGUCCAGCCUAAGGUGCGUCUGAAACAGGAAGUUGUGAGUGUCAAUCAGCAGCGGGGACAGAAGAUCGUUGUCCCCGUAAAGAAACUGUUUGCCAAAGAGAAGCGGCCGUACGGGCUCGGCAUGGUCGGUCGUCUCACAAACCGGACGUACCGCAAGCGCAUCGACAGCUACGUCAAAAGACAGAUAGAAGACAUGGAUGAUCACAGGCCUUUUUUCACCUACUGGAUCACAUUUGUCCACUUGGUCAUCACCAUUCUGGCUGUCACUAUCUACGGCAUUGCUCCUGUGGGCUUCUCACAACAUGAAACUGUCGACUCUGUGUUAAGGAACAAGGGAGUUUAUGAAAACGUGAAGUUUGUGCAACAACAAAACUUCUGGGUUGGUCCGGGCUCAGAGGCGCUGAUCCACCUGGGAGCCAAGUUUUCCCCCUGCAUGCGUCAAGACCAGGAGAUCCACAAACUGAUCCAGGAGAAGAGAGCGAGAGAGAGGGAGUCUGGCUGCUGUGUGAGGAACGAUCGCUCCGGCUGCCUGCAGACUUUACAGGAGGAGUGUUCGAGCACCCUGGCAGUGUGGGUGAAGUGGCCUCAGCAUCACAGUGCUCCCCAUCUGAAUGGUACGCUCCGCCAAUAUGGUUCAGUCUGCCAUCAGGACCCCAGAAUUUGUCUGGAACCAGCCUCAGUUUCACCUCAUGAGUGGCCUGAUGACAUCACCAAGUGGCCAGUUUGCACGAGGUACAACUCUGGGAAUCACACCAACCUUCCCCACAUAGACUGCACCAUCACAGGCCGGCCCUGCUGCAUCGGAACCAAAGGACGAUGUGAAAUCACCUCUCGGGAGUACUGCGACUUCAUGCGAGGCUACUUCCACGAGGAGGCUACUCUCUGCUCUCAGGUGGCCUGCAUGGACGAUGUGUGUGGUUUGCUGCCUUUCCUCAACCCGGAGAUCCCUGACCAGUUCUCCAGACUCUGGCUGUCUCUCUUUCUUCAUGCUGGGAUCCUUCACUGCCUGGUGUCGGUGUUGUUCCAGAUGACGGUGCUGAGGGACAUAGAGAAGCUGGCCGGCUGGCUGAGGGUCUCCAUCAUUUACAUACUCAGCGGCGUCACAGGCAAUUUGGCCUCAUCCAUCUUCCUGCCCUACAGAGCCGAGGUGGGUCCUGCAGGCAGCCAGUUUGGCAUCCUUGCCUGUCUGUUCGUGGAGCUGUUUCAGAGCUGGCAGAUCCUCGAGCGACCGUGGCGAGCCUUUGCCAAGCUGCUGGCCAUCUCUGUCUUCUUCUUCUCCUUCGGCCUGCUCCCUUGGAUCGACAACUUUGCCCACAUCUGUGGCUUUGUGUCAGGGUUCUUCCUGUCCUUCGCCUUCCUGCCGUACAUCAGCUUCGGGCGUUCUGACAUGUACCGGAAGCGUGUCCAGAUCUGCAUCUUCCUGCUGGUGUUCCUGGGCCUGCUCUCCGCGCUGGCCGUCCUCUUCUACGUCUACCCGGUGAAGUGCGACUGGUGCGAGUACCUCACCUGCAUCCCCAUCACGGACAAGUUCUGCGAGAAGUACGACUUGAACGCUCACCUCCUCUGAUGGCCGGCCUCUGAAACAGUCAGCUGAUGCUGGACUGGUCGAGACAUUUCUAGAUGCUACGUGUUGAUGAAGUUGAACAUGGUGCAGCGGUGCAGCUUUUCUCCUGGAAACAAUGAGCAGUAUUUCAUGUUUGUUUUAACGGUACAACCACAGAGCCACUCUGAAUAAAGGCUAUGCAUGAAAGCCAAGUGAACAAUGUAAAGUUGACUGAAAAGAACUGAUGGUUGAUUUAUGUGUGACUGAUCUCUAGCUGGGCUAAUCGACGAGCAGUCACACAGCAGGAGAGUUGCACAGACUGUUUUUAUAUUCAGCUCUCUUCUGCUGUGAAACAGGCUGAACAGCGCCCCUCAGUGGCCAAAAGGAACACACACCCUGAAACAGCUGCAGUGAGUUUUGUUUUGUACUGUUUUUUACUGAUGUCUAAACGGUUUCGUCCAUUUACCGGAUGUCUUCUGAGAUAAAACUCGCCAAGAAAGGAGACUCUACGAUGCGUAAAUGUGCCUUAUUGACACACAACCACACACAAUGUAACUGUACUGUAAACUGUACGCUGAUGUUUUUUGGUUUCACAUUCUGACAGAAUCAUGUAAAAAAAAAAAAAAAAAUCUGUUUUUACUUUCAGUAUUUGACGGCUGAACUGCCUUUUCUCCCCCCUCCCCCACCUCACUGGAGACGUAGUUUCCACCGCAGCCUUUAAGCACUUCAAAUGAACUGUUUUUUUUAUAUUCACCCUGCAUUACAUCAUUUCAGAACACACUUGUAUGUUAAUCAGCUCUGUUGUGAAAAACUUUUGUUGAGGUGAGUUUGUGUUUUUUAUAUUCAGUGUGGUGGCGUUUUAGCUACCUGGCAAUAAACAAAACGAGACUGA